UAUCCACUCCACUGCUGGAUAUAGGCCUCUCUCAUACAUUUUUUUUUUUCUAUAAAAAAGUAACUUAUAACUUACUUUGAACAUGUUGACCCGCAAAGCUGUUGCACAAAGUGCUGAAUUGAAACUAAAACAGGCAUUGGAAGAACUUAAACAAACCAAGGAGACAUGUAGUCAACUCUUACGUGAACGUGAUGAGAAUGAGGAGGAAACUAAAAACGUAAUUGAUCGUAACACUUGUCUGAAGACCGAGCUAUCGCAACUACAUGCACAAUAUUUGGAGGUACUAAAUCAAAAAGAGUUGCUUCAAAUUACAGUCAGCAGCAUUGAUGAGCAACUUAAUACACAUGAGCGGGCCCUUAACCGCAUCACAGAUUUGGAACGUGAAUUGAUUGUUGCCAACAAGAGGAUAUCUCAACUCCUUGAGCAACAAAAAUUGCAGGAGCCAGAGCAUGCUCAAAGUCUUUUCGAUGAACUGUUGCUAUCACCUGGAGUACAGUCAGAAAAACAAAUACAAACCACCUGUCACAAUAAUACUGCUAGGCCCUUAAAUUUGGGUUCUAAUAAGUUAAAGAAAUAUGUCAAAAGUCCUAGUCAUUCACCGGACUGCAUUGAUUCUUUACAAAAGUGUUACAGCAAACAGACCGUUAAGACUCAGUAUAAGACAAUAAUGUUUUCAGAUAAGCUAGUGUGUAUAAACGACAAACAGCUGUUCAUGGUGGGUCUGUGA